AUGAAAUUGAACCUCGAGACUCGUUACGAAUGGAAAGGUAUUAACAAAGAAACAGUCAUUCGUUCGAUCGUUCUAUUAACAUUGAAUGAUCACGAACAAAUCAUUCGCCAUGAAGAACGAUGGAAUGGAGAACCAAUUCCAAAUGCAGAAUCGGGAUUUUUUGGAAGAAUUAAAGAAGCAUUGCGUCAUGCAACAGGAAGUCUAGUGCAUGCAGCAGUUGAUAGCGAAAAACCAGUGGAGAAGCACUAA